AGAGAAAAGAGGAUCUUGGAAAAUACGCACAAGAGGCAAGAAUUGAGUCCGGAACUGAAGUAAUUUCAGAGUUAUGCUGUCCAAGAAGUAUUAAGGCUCCGUCACAGUUAGAGGAAUUGGCUGACAUUAUGGCUCUGAAAUAACUAUGACAAGCCAUCCUCCAUGAUUCACACUGCAUUCUGCUGUACAGAGUCUGUCAAAAGAGCAAAAGGCUUCAGGAGGUACAAGUACAGCUCAGGUACAAACAGCUGCAGUAUCCACUGCUCCAACAGAAUUAGUGACUGUAACAUCUACUCAGGGUUCUCAAGCAGGAAUGUCUGUGGCAGCAUCAUCAAUAGUAACCACCAGUCUGACAACAUGGCUGACCCAAACGUCCUUAAUGGCUCAGAUUAUGUCAGCCAAGCCAACAGAAGUUCAGCUUUCUAGUAAAACAGUCACACCUGUCCAUUUCCAGCUUCCUGGGCAGCAGGACACAGAAGCAGUUGAGGUGCAAGUCCCACGGAUUCAGUCCCAGGUUCUUGUUUCUGCUUCCCAGCUUCAAGCACAAGGACAGAUCCAGGUUCAAACACCUCAGACAGCACAAGUUCCUCAGGCAAAUCUUCCAGUGAUGUCUGUUCCUCCAACAAUUGUACCAUCUGCAGGAGCUGCAACACUCCCUCUUACUGAGAUCUCUGUCACUGAGAUUAGCAUUGCUAUUGGGCAUCCACAGAAAGCAGCAGGAGCCCAAACACUGGAUGUACAUGUCCAUCAGUUUCCAAAAUUUACACAUCAAGUAGCUCAGCAACAGAGCCAUUCAUUCCCAGAUGGUUCAAGGCCAAGCUACUGUGUAGAAAAGGUUCAGGCUCAGUCACAAACUGCGGCAGUGUCCCAGUCACCACCUGCUGGUCACCACGCCUAAAUGAUUUCUGCAGCAAUGGCUACAGUUCAGGUGAUCCCCCAGAAAUCAAUAGAGGAACAGGUCCUGAUAAUAGUCUCUCUCCAAUCACUAACUCCAGAUGUACAGAACUCAGCAGUCUUAACCAAAAUUAGCAAGUAAAAGUGCACAGGAGGUUAUAUACUUUCAUACUGUGAAAGUAUCUAUGAAACCUUGUUGAACUAAUGAUUACAUUAGAAUAAGCAGAAAAGCACAGUAUUUUAUAUUUUCUAAACCAUGACAAUAAAAUCUGCAGAUUGUCCACAUUUUAUUUUCCAAAUGAAGACUGAGCACUUUUUUACAGACAUAAAUGCAAGAGAAGUUAUUACUGAAAUCUGAAAAAAGAAAAAUGUACUCAACAUUGAAAAUACAUUAAUUGUAAUGUACAGAUAAAAGGUCUGUUAAAAUGAAAUGCUUUCUGCUGACAGAAAAUGACCAUCCUUUUGUACCAAAGCAGUGAACAACUAAAUUACAGAGACAAAGGUGUAAUCAACGUGUUCAUCAUUGUGCUAGACUAUUGUCUCCAGAACAAUAUCAAAUAAUAGCCAGUUAUUCUUUAAACAGAAGUACAUUUUACUAGUAGAGUGUUGCACUAAAUGGAAUGCAUAACAAUGAAAACUGCUGUUGGUUUUUUUUGUUUUUUUGUUAGAUCUACUGAACUGAAUAGUUGUCCUGUUAGGUGUAUGGAAACAAAAUGCAAACUAAAUUUUUAGAUGAAUCUUUAGUGCUGUAAAGUAGGAAUUCAGUGAACACUGACAUACUGCCGAAACUGAGUGUAAGUUGAACAAUAAAGUGUCCUUUCUUUUUAUAUAAA